AUGUCAAGCACGGACGGUGUGGCCGACACGCUGCCGCGGCGCCGUGCGGGAGCGGACGAGCGGAAGGAGGCCGUAAGCAGCGACCAAGUGUAUGAAUGUGAUUACGAUGCUAUACGUGUGAAGUCCCGCCCCGGUUUUGUGAGGAGGUGGAACAAUAUCGUCGCCGGCUUUCUUUGGUCGUUGUUUCACUUCCACCUGACGUACAAAUUGAUACUGCAGGUAAUUGCGGCUGAUAGAAAGUUCGCAGUUCUGACGCAACGUCCAUUCCUGCUGGCCGAGUUGGCGCUUUUUUGGGGCUUGUUGUUGUGCGCGGUGUACGGGGUGUUUCACUUCGACAACUGCGUGCGAUUUCACGUUGAGAACUUCGACGCAUUCCCCAAGAUGUACAGCGAUCAUGCCAUACAGGCGGCGUUGAUGCACGGUGACCUCAAGAACUACAGGUUCGCGAAGCAGCUCUAUGGCUCCAUAUUCUUGGCUCCCAUGCGACUGUUGGCCUGCAUCGUUUUCUUCGCUAUGAGCGUCAUCCUCGUCGGCUUUCCACUUACACUUUUCGGAGGGUGCUCCAGACAGCUGACAAGGCUAUACGUGGCCACCAUGUUUUACUACAUAACACUUUUCAGUUUCUGGGGCAUGGGCAUAUCCGAGGUCAAGACGGUAUACGCGGAUGGCGUCACCCGAGACAAGCCUAUAAACGUGAUCAGCAACCACAUCGGCAUUCUGGAUGUGAUCUACAUGCUGCAUAGCGGAUCGUUUUCGUUCGUGUGUAAGAAAGCAUUGGAGCCAACUUUCAUCAUCGGGCAAUUCAUCCGCCUGCUGAACUGCAUCACCGUAGAUCGUCAUUGCGCAUCCAACCGCAAGGAGGCGUACCGUGCCAUCGUCCAUCGUAUGAAGUCUAUUAACGAAGAACACGAGAGAGUGUCGAUGGUGGUCUACCCCGAAGGCACAACUUCCAGAGGAAACAUUUUGCUGCCCUUCAAGCAUGGCGCCUUCGGUGCGCUGGUCCCACUGCAGCCUCUGCUGAUGGUGCUAGAGUACAGCUACAUGAACAUCACAUUCGACGCUUUCCCAUGGAAGUGGUGGGCGGUAAACAGCUGCUGCUCUCCAGCGAGCGUGCGCCUCAUCGCAUACUGGCUUCCAGCCAUCCAGCCUCCGACUGCGGAGGAGGUUGAGCUGAAGGGGGAGCACGAAUGCGUACGCGAGUACGCGAAAACUGCAAGCCGUCUAAUGCGCGAGGCCAUCGUCAAGCUGAACCCCCAUGUAGAUAUGGAGUACUUGCAGAAGAAGAACGUUGUGGUCUCGCCUGCUUGGCGCAACAAACUUUUGGCUCGUCUGUACGGCCCAGUAAUGCAGCGUUACUACAAAAUAACCGACGAAGAGAUGCGCCAAACCGAAGAAGUGGUUUUCCACUAG